GGGACAGAGCCCGGGGUAGGAGGUGUGGGCUCGGCAGGACCCCUGCCCAGUGCCCUCCUGCGACCCAGUCUGCUCCUGGCAGCCGAGGGGUUCCUGUCUAGAAGCGGCUCAGGACCUGGUGUGCCCUCGUUUUCCUUGGGGCAGACGCCGGCGUGCUCUCUUCUUCCCCAGGAGCCGGAUGCUUUUUCACCCAGAGAGGGCUCUACAGCACCUGCUUGAAGAAUGAGGGCCCGAGGGAGACGCUGUCCCCCGUGUGCACGUGUAACCGGACGGUGCCACCGUGUCCCGUGGCUGCUUUUCACAACAUGCCCUUGGACCUCUGGAGCAUUUCUUCACCACCUCCAAGGCCGACCGAGGCCGCGGUGGGUCCCUGCUCGUCACGGUGGCCCUGCCUCCUGAGGCCGAGUCAGCCCAGGACAUGAGACUGGGAAGGAGAGUUCAGAAUAUUUCUGAGGAAGAACUAUCCUGUGACAUGGAAAUGGAAGGAUUUAUGAGGCAAGGUUCCCAUUUCUCCCCUCUAGGCAAUGAUUGGGACUCUGAGAACUGGGAGGGACAUUUGAGGCAGACAGUUGUAACUCAGGAGAAUCCAAGGGCUCAGGAAACAAUUUGUGAAUAUCCUGGAUUCAUGGAGCAUUUGAGUGUGAGCGCAGACCUUCCACCGUCUCAGAGACUUCCCACAACAAAUGGUUUUUAUAUACAAAACUUGGAUGGUAAAAGUUUGGAUUGUAACAGUUGUCAGAAAAGCUAUGCAGCUAAGAGAACUGGUGAAAGUAAUGCCUGUGGAAAAGCCUUUAGCCAUUCCAUGGAAGUUCCUCAGCUUGGAAGAAAUCAGACAAGUGAAAAACCCUUUAAAUACCCUGAGAAUGUUAAAUCUUUCAACCAUUUUCCUUCCCUUCAUGAACAAAAAAUAAUGAAAAGAGGCAAGAAACUGUAUGAAGGUAAGGACUUUGGGGACAUCUUUACCAUGAGUUCAUCUCCUAAUGAAAACAGGAGAAGUCACACUGGGGAGAAACCAUAUAAAUGUAUUGAAUGUGGCAAAUGCUUCAAACGGAAUUCUUCUCUUAUUUUGCAUCAUCGAACUCACACUGGAGAGAAACCUUACACCUGUAAUGAGUGUGGAAAAUCCUUCUCCAAGAACUACAACCUGAUUGUACAUCAGAGAAUCCAUACUGGAGAGAAACCCUAUAAAUGCAAUAAGUGCGGGAAAGCCUUCAGUGAUGGGUCAGCUCUGACACAGCACCAGAGAAUUCACACUGGGGAGAAACCUUAUGAAUGUCUAGAAUGUGGAAAAACCUUCAAUAGAAAUUCAUCCCUUGUUUUGCAUCAAAGAACUCAUACAGGGGAAAAACCAUAUAGAUGCAAUGAGUGUGGGAAACCUUUUACUGACAUCUCUCACCUCACUGUGCAUCUCAGAAUCCAUACUGGGGAGAAACCCUAUGAAUGUAGCAAAUGUGGAAAGGCCUUCCGAGAUGGUUCAUACCUCACCCAGCACGAGAGGACUCACACUGGAGAGAAACCCUUUGAAUGUUCAGAAUGCGGGAAAUCCUUUAACCGCAACUCUCACCUCAUUGUGCAUCAAAAAAUCCAUUCUGGAGAGAAACCCUAUGAAUGUAAGGAGUGUGGGAAAACGUUCAUUGAGAGUGCCUACCUCAUCAGGCACCAGAGGAUUCAUACCGGCGAGAAGCCCUAUGGCUGCAACCAGUGUCAGAAACUUUUCAGAAACAUAGCUGGCCUUAUCCGGCAUCAGAGGACUCAUACUGGUGAGAAGCCCUAUGAAUGUAAUCAGUGUGGCAAAGCCUUCAGGGAUAGCUCCUGUCUGACCAAGCAUCAGAGAAUUCACACUAAAGAGACACCGUACCAAUGUCCAGAAUGUGGAAAGUCCUUCAAGCAGAACUGUCAUCUGGUGGUUCACCAGCGACUCCAUAGCAGGGACACUCUCAGCCAGUGUCCACAGUGUGGGAAAACAUUCAGGAGGCUCUCGUCCCUCAUCCGACAUCGGAGAACACACCCUGGAGAGAAACCUGUGGAACUCUGAUGAACACUGGCCUCACUCUCCUGACUUAUUGUCAGAAACCUACAUGAAGGAGACAUGUCUUCAGAUUUAACUCCUCUCUGGUUAAUAGGAAAGAAGUCCUUAAGCUGUCUGGUGAAUUGAUGAAUGUGAGACACUGCUUAACCACAUUGUUAAGUCUAUACGUUAGGGAAGUGCUGGGGAGAGCAUAGGGUUGUAAUAAAUGUGGAGAAGGCUUCAGGGAUGAUUCAGCCUAUACCAGACGCGAUAGCACAUACACUGGAGUAAAACCUGCAGACAUGGGGAAGAUAUUACCUUGGAGACAUCCACCCACUUCUGCAUCCAAGUGCUUAAACUGGAAAAAAAGAAAAACCUGUGAAUGUCAUCAAUAAGUAAUUGGUAUGAAGACUCCUUUAACAGGCAGUUUCCAUCUUAUUGUACAUAAGUAAACUCUUUCUAGAAUCUAACCUUGUAAGUGUAGUUGGUGAGAGAAGCUUUUGGCAAGAGCUCUUUCUGUCUUUUCUCUAUCAACAAAAGAAUACCAAUGAGCAAUUGCACAGCAACACAGAACACAGAUUUUGUUGUUUGAAUGUAUUUCUGUUGUAGUCCUGCUAGAAUGCUGAGGGGUCAUUCAGAGGAGGCAGUGGACAAGGAAGUUGCUUGUGAAUAACCAGUGAAGCCAUCCCUCUUAAGAAAGACUGAUACAGGUUUGUAUUAAGAUAGGACUGCUGCCAGGAAUGUAGCUUAUUACUUUAGUUAGUGACAAAAAAUACCAAGUUGUUACAUUUACGUUAUCACCACCCCACCCCGUGUUGUUCAUUUAGGACAAUUCUAAAUUUUUUGGUGCAGCUACUCUGAUCCAUAGUUAAAAAGAUUUUGUUGCCACGGUGAAAAUACUUUAUAUAAUAUGGCAGGCAACCAAAAGAAGGCACAAAAUACAAGGUUUGCUAUCAUUCCAAGCAUGUAAAAAUGUAUUCACAUAUAAACGUAGGUCGAAAGUGGGUGAUGGAGAGAGGAACACAGUGGUUUUCUUAGGCUUCUGGAAUUGUGUUUUUUUCCUCUUUUGGAAAUCAUAUGUUAUUGCUAUGAUAAAUUGGUAAUGAAUAAAAAGAU